AAUAUGUCCUUAUGUUGGUACUAUCGUUUAUCGUAUAGUUUACAUGACGUUGUCAUAUUCUGUGGUUCGUGGAGCAAGGGCGGAACUUGCGAUUUGGCAUUUCAUAUUAUUUUUAGUCUGUCUAUUACAAAAAUGGCUGCAAACCGUCGCAAGCAAGACGACAAGAAUUUAGAAAUUUUACGUGAACUUAUAUCUAUUAAUGGAAACAAAUAUUGUUUAGAUUGCAACCAAAGAGGACCCACGUACGUUAAUGUUACAAUCGGUUCGUUCGUUUGUUCAAAAUGUUCGGGAAUGCUACGUGGUCUGACGCCUCCCCAUCGAGUAAAGUCGAUCUCAAUGGCCACAUUUACCCCGGAAGAGAUAGAAUUUAUAAAAGUGAGAGGAAAUGAUUAUUGUAGACGCGUUUGGUUAGGCCUAUACGAGGGUGAAAGUGUGAACUUUACUGAUGAACAAAGUGUGAAAGACUUUAUGUCGGACAAAUACGAGAAGAAACGUUACUAUCUUGAUCAACCGCUGAAUAAUACGGUUACGAACGGAAGUUUAUCAUCGAAGAGUAAGUCAAAAGCUAAAAACGGAAGUUCAGGAGCGAGCUCAGCCCAGCUGAUAUCAAUAGCGAGCCCGACACCGAAGUCGACAGUUAACAAUAACACGCUCGUGAGUGCCCCGAAAGUGGGAAAUAGCUUUUUCUCUGGGAGCAAUGAUGUCAGUAUGAAGAUAGCCCGGCCAGUGCACAGUACACCACAGCCCAGCCCGCUCGCGGCGCCGCCCGUGGCCCCUGCUCCAGUACCUGAUUUUCCUGUUGAUUUUUCAACUGCAAAUAUUUAUAACAGUAGCCAGUUUAAUAAUAAUGUAAACAACAAUUAUGUGCCUGCCCCAUCCACCACUACAGGCUUUGCAGCUUUCACUGCUCCAUCGUCUACUGCUAAUGAUCGCUAUGCAGCAUUAGCAGAUUUAGAUCAUGCACUGAGACAGCAAAACAUGAAGACAAUGGAGGAAGGAAACAAUAUAAAUAGCAAGAAUCCGUUCCAAAGUGCACCAACCAAUGACUUCUUUGGCAGCAAAAACCCUUUCUUCAAUGGGAGUUGGAGUGCUGCCCCGGCACCUGUGCCUGUCAAUCCCUUUAUGCCAUCAUCUAACUCUGGGAACUAUGUUAAUUCAAAGAAUCCCUUUCUUUGAAGAUGUGGUCCAUGUUUUGGAGAUAAAGAACAAAUGUAUGCAACAAAAAGCACAAAAUAGCUACAAAUUUAUUAUAGUAUACAUUUUUGAAUAAGUAUAUUAUGUUUUUACAAAUUUCUCGGUGAUAUUAUAUUGGCAUUGCAACUAUUUAUCAGUCUUAGAUUAAUGUGCUUAAUUUUAGCAACGGAAGUGCCUCUUAAUGCCUUAAAAAGUUGUAAAUUUCUCAUUUUAUAUUAGGCAAGUCCAUGUCGUGAAAGUAUUGUAUUGGUAUGUCUGCUUUAGUUUAGAUCAAUCAAUCAGGGAAUCUGAGUGUGAGCGUGUUGCGAGGCAACUUGCUGUGUCCAAUUUAUUCAAUUUGAAUUGUCUAUUAUAUGGUUAGGAAAUGCUCAGUAGGGCCUUAUUCGGGUGGACUGGGGCUAGUUUUUGUAGGUCGUGACAAUUAUGUACCUACGUAUAUUGUAUACGAUGACGCAUUUUGCGACGCUCUGAUGAUCUUAUCACACCUAAUUUGCAGUUUUCGUGGUAAAAUCGUUUUCUCGACAAAUACUUAUUCGAGAUACCUAUAUUGAAAUAAAUAGGUAGUUCGUAAGGUUAUACAACUAGGUAUUCCAAAGCAUUAUAUUGAUGUACUAUGAAUUAAUUCGGAUUAAUCUUUUUGUUAGGUUUAUCUUUUAUCUCAAUGCUGUUAUUGCAAGAAAGAAGUGCAUAAUAGAUAUACGUAAACAUAAACAAGUGAGGCAGUCCGUGCCUAUUUCACUUAAGUUUUUUUUUAAAUUCUUACAUUGAAUAACAAUAGACUUGCUCUUGUACAAUAGAUAACAUUAUCACAACAUUCGUAUGUUUGAGUGUUUGAAUGCUAAUUUGUUCAACAUAUAAUUUAAAAACCCAAUCUAGUCCGAUUAUGAAUGAAAUUGUGUUCUGAUUACCAUUUAUGAAGUAGUAACAGCUUCACAGUAGUUGUAGCUACGUUGGCGUUAAUAUCCGUUUUGUUAAAUUUAUCAGUUAUAAUAACGCAACUUACUGUGGCAUAAUCACCUAAGCAUUAUAUUUCGUUAUAGUGAAGAGAUAAACAUAUCUAGGAUACUUAUUUCCAGUCAUUGCAUCAUAUUACCAAUAAUGCAGUAAGUUAGACUACUAAACGAGAUUAGUAUUUAGAUUAGGCAACAAGCUGUGUGAUGAGUCAUCGGACGCGCGGUGCGGCAGCGGCCUUAUGUCCAUAGUGCCUGCCGUGAGGACGGGAGCUUAUAUUGUACCUAAUGUUACGGUUUCCAUCCAAUUCAACGCAUCAAAUGUACACAUGUUAAUCCUAGAUAGAGGUGAUAUUAAUUAAGGAUACGUAGCCGACAAGUAGGCAGUGACCAAACAUUUCCACACAAAGUAUUUUAGUCUUGUAACUUUAAUUAUCUGGAUGGAUUGUUUAUUUACACAACAUUUAUGAAGUUUUAGAGGCUUAACAUUGUUAUUAUUUUUUAUCAAUUUGUUUCCUGAUUAAUGUGUACGUGUUUAUUAUCAUGAAUGGUUUCAAAUCCGACUACGCCAUCUUAUCUAGAAUUAUAUAUUUCUAUUGUAUAGCAAGUAUUGAUUACUUUUACUGGUUAAAAAAAACCAUGACAAAGUAGGAUAUGUGUUUUUGUAAGAUUCAUUUUUAUGUCAUGAUUUCUGACUUCAUUUAUAAAUUAUUGUAUGUUUGGUACUUGACGCCUAAUCAUAUAAGUACCAGCUGCAAUAGUUCUAUCUCUCAUCACAUCUAAUGAUAAUUUGUUUCAUCUAAUGCAUAUCUGAAGCUGGAUUUUCAUUGACAGACUGUAGAGUAGGUAUUAUGUACGGCCACGUACUUUAAUUGUUAUCCACUUCUAGUUCAUUUUAUAGUGGACAAGCCAUAGCUUAACUAUGAAGUAACAAAAUGAUUGUGGCCUCUAAAUGGCUCAACAAUUAAAGUCAUUGACUGUACAUAUUUACUUUUAUCUACUACGAUCAGUUAAACUGAUUGUAUUGUAGCUUACAGCUGUCCAUAGCCGGCUAAAACAAGCUCUCAAAUCUUGUGCUUGAUCUGGUCUGUGAUUUAAAUCAGUAACUUUUUUUAUCCUAAUCAUUUAAUAGCGAACAAUCUUUACUUAUCAAUGCACUACUAUUUAUUAAUUAGUUAUUAAAUUAACGUAUUGUUUUUUUAUUUGAGCACCAAGAUCUGUUAUGUUGUAUUAAUGGUGUAAAAAAUAAACUUAUUUUUUUUAACAAA